CGGCGCCUGCUCAGUGCGCCUCCGCCGCCGCUGCCCGGAUCCUGGACCAGGAGCUGCUCUGUCCCGUACGUCUGCUGCACUCUGCGUGCGUGUGUGUGUGUGUGUGUAACCGAUGGAUUGACGGGGGGAGGCUAUUGUUGUCAGCCCGUGGUUUGUUGUGCUGGAGCUGCACUUUCACCGGAGGAUGUGCCGGGCAGCCGGAGCUGUGGUACUGGUCGGAUAGCGCAGAAACCCGCCGGAGAAACACGAUAUUGACAUGAAGAAAGACAUUGAGACUCUAAUAGCAGAGGAACGUGCUGAUAUCAUCUUGAAAUAUGCCACGGGCAGGCAGGGCGGCGUGGAGAUCGACCCCUGGGAAGAUGCCGACUACAGCAUCUACAAAGUCAUCGACCGCUUCGGCUUCAUGCAUGAGGACGAACUACCAGCCCCGACCGCACAGGAGGAGAAGAUGAAGCAGCUGGAAGUAGAGCGAGCGGAGAAAUGGCUGAAGAUGGUGAAGAAGUGGGAUAAAUACAAGAACAGUGACAGGAUGGUGAAACGAGUGUACAAGGGCAUUCCCCUGCAGCUCAGAGGCCGGGCCUGGUCACUGAUGCUGGAUGUGGAGAGGACGAAGAAGGAGAACGAGGGCAAAUAUGAGAAAAUGAAGGAGCAGGCCAGAGUCUACUCGUCUGAGAUCAAACAGAUCGACCUGGACAUCAACAGAACCUUCCGAAACCACAUCAUGUUCAUGGAUCGCUUUGGAGUCAAGCAGCAGUCCCUCUUCCAUGUUCUUUCUGCAUACUCAGUCUACAACACAGAGGUGAGCUACUGCCAGGGCAUGAGUCAGAUCGCCGCCCUGCUGCUCAUGUUCAUGAACGAGGAGGACGCCUUCUGGGCCCUGUCUCAGCUGCUGACCAAUCAGAAACACGCCAUGCACGGAUUUUUUGUUCCUGGGUUUCCCAAACUUCAGCGAUACCAGGCACAUCAUGAUCAGAUUAUUUCCAAACUCAUCCCCAAACUGAAGAAACAUCUGGACAGAGAACAGAUGUCUGCAGGGAUCUACAGCACUAAAUGGUUCCUGCAGUGUUUUAUUGACAGGACUCCGUUCACCCUGACCCUUCGUCUGUGGGACGUUUUCAUCCUGGAGGGAGAGAGGCUGCUCACCGCCAUGUCUUACACCAUCCUGAAGAUACACAGGAAGCGUCUGGUGAAGAUGUCUCUGGAGGAGCUCAGGGAGUUUCUGCAGGAGCGAAUCGCUCAGACUUUCUUCUACAGCGACGACGUGAUCAUCGAGCAGCUGCAGGCCUCCAUGGCUGAGCUGCGAAAAAUGAAGCUGGACCUUCCUCCUCCAGGGAAGCCUGAGGAGUUGCCUCGUAAGCCUCUGGGUCAGGAGCUGCCGGUGCUGCUGAGUCCAGUCCAGCCCUCCAGAGGGAAGCUGUCAUCAGCCAGCGGGUUUCCCAGAGCUGGCCUCAGCCUCCACAUCAUCUCCCACCAGCCUGACUCCAUAUCCCCUGACCAAAGCCCCUCUAAGGACCCCAGGGAUCUCGACGCUGCAGAGGAGGAGGAGGCCCCACUGCCUUCCCCAGACCCCAUCAUCAUCCACAGCCAGGUCCCGCUCACUCCUGACAGCUCCCCACUGAUGGGGCCCCCGCCUUAUCAGCCUCCAGGGAGCCACAGUGGAAUCACAGCGGAUCAGCCGUCACUGCCAGAUCAGGACAGGGAUGAAACGUGGCCUGAUCCAGCAGUCGCCACAGGACCUCACUCAGCUCCACAGAUUGCUGACGCACUCUUGCCGACGUUUACAGACGACUCCUCUGCAGCCGUCAGUGCUGACCCAUCCUCCUGUGGGGUCCCACGGACUCUUUCGGCACCUGUAGUCCAGGUGGUGUCUCCGGGGUUGGGCCUGACCCAGUCUGAGGGUCUGUCACCAGCAGAUAUGGCUGAGGACAGUCACCUGCUCCAGCUGCUGGAGCAGGCCUCCGCUCUGGGCACCAACAAGAACCUGAACCAGGACUCAAGUACUGCGUCAGAGGAAACACCGGCUCCAGAUGUUUCAUGAAACGAGCACCAGAAUGCAGAUCAUCAGUUACUGAUGGUCCUGCUUCUCCAUUUAUUGGAUUAGUGUCAGAGGAUGAACCACAGAGGUACAGAACAAGUUACCAGUCAGAUCAUCAGUGUCAAGCAAUAAUUGCUUAAAAGUGUGUUAUCACUUUCAGGGCCAAUAUUAAUUCUAAUCUAAUUUGCCAAUUUUAAGGAGGUAAAGUUAUUAUUCUCCUGUUCUUUAACUUUCUAAAAAGUUUUGUAAUGAUUGUGACAAGAUUUCCUCCUUUAAAUGUUUUCAUGGGAAAUUUAAAUUUUCUCUUACAGGAAGUAAAAGUGCAAAAACAAAGAUGUUUGAAAAUAUCAGUGAAGAUGAAAAAGGAGAAUUCAGGAGCAAGUGGAUUUAAUGUUUGGUCCUGAAACACAGAAACAAAACAUCAGACAGAAUCAGAGUCCCUCACAGAAAUCGCAUCGAAAAUUCAAAUAGAAUUAAAACCUAUUUCACUGAGUUGUUUUCUGUACGAAGCUUCAUACACUGACCUUCAGAAGGAGAGUGAUGACCCCUGGGUUUGAGUGCGAUGUAUCGGAGCAUUAGACAGUGGUAAAGCUUAAAAUGCAGAAAAUACAUUUUUUCUGAGGAGGUUGUGUUUAGGUUAAGUUUGUGUGUGUGAAAAUAUGACGUCAAAAACGAAUCCAAAGUUCCAGUAAUGGCUCAAAAAUGAAUCCAUAUACAGACGGAAUAAGCAGGAAAUUUGACUCAGCUGCAUGAAAUGAAGUCAGCCCCGUCCAAUCACAUCGGCUUAUGAUAAUAGUUCUGCAUCUUGCCUGUAUUGUGCAGUAUUGUACACAAAGCAAUAACGCUGCACAGCCACACUGAUUUCUUCUGGGACAGUAUGUGUUUUCCUCUGCGUCUGCACAAGUUCACUCACAAAACAAACCUUUUGCUGAGCUGAUAUUCACCGUGUGCUCGCAGAGAAUCUCUCCUCCAGUUUAAACUAGAUGAAUGUGGUUUCAGUUGCAGAGAAGUUACAGUGUUAUUGUCUGACAUGGAAGUGGAAAUUAUUAUCAGAUUACUCAUGAUCAAACUGCCUGGAUGAAAACCCCGACCUGUACCUGACAACCUUCCCUUCCACCACGUUCACUGUGUCUUUAAGGAUUUCUCCAUUUAAUGAUCUCUUUUACACCUUUCAUGCACAAAGCAUGUUAUUUGUAUUUUGAACAUUUGUGCUCAUUCCCAGAAUUAGUGAGACCUGGCUCUCAAGAGGAGACAUCAGAUGACGAAGAGACUAAACCGCCAUCCGCUGCUUCGGUAAAGACGCCUUACAGGACAUCACAUCUACUCUGUUUCCUGUCUGGCUGCAAAGACCGAAUUACAUGGAAAGUCAUUUUGAAUUAUUUAAGUUUUAUUACAGAGAGAAGGAAUUGAGAAGCGUGCAAAAGGCAUCACCCUUUACAAUAAAAAAACUUUUUGUAGUUUUUUAAUGUUUUGUCAGGGAACAAAAUGUUUGCUCAGUCAGCCUUUGUAAAAUGUUUGCUAGCAAAAUUAGUUUUAUUUUUUGUACAAAUGUCUUGAUGCCUUAUUUGGAUCGGCUUCAGUUCUUCUGUGGACAUUACUGACGUUGUAUCCUGCACGGCAACAGAGGAAUAAUUUGACUCUACGUGAGGAAAACUAACCUUCAGGUGAUGGACUGAACAUGAAACCUCUGACGUGGUGAGCUGGCUCACUGUUAUGAUUGUACACAUUGAAACCUAUUGAGCUCAUUUUAAAUAAGUGGUUUUGUAGCUCAGUAAUUUAUUGUUUUAUCCUCUUAGAAAAGGCAACCAGGUCGUUUAAUAACCACUCUCGUGCUCAUUCUUUUCAAGAACUGGAAGAGCUGCAUUUCCACUGAGGUUCUUGAAAAGCAAGGCGAGUUUAUUUAUAUAGCACCAUUCAGACACAAGGCAAUUCAGAGUGCUGAAAGGUGAAAAUAGACUUUGGCUGUAGAUGUGUCUGCUUCUGUUAACAUUGUGUUUAGAAAUGUGCAGUAUUGUAGAAACAGUAGGUAACGAGUUAGGACGAGUUUUCCCAUCUGACGGAAGAGAAAUCAUUUCUUCAGCUCUGUGCUUAGAGAUAGUGGGAGGAUGACAUCUUGUGGUUGGUUUAGUUGAAGCAUGUCUCUAUCUAGAUCUUGCCAAGGAGAGUAGAAAUGUUGUAAAAGUGGUUUUUAGAUUUCAUCCAAAUUAGAAAAAAAUCAGAUCCUAAAUCUUUCCAAUCUUGCGAGUUAAGGCCGUUAUUUUUAAUUCUGUGAAUAUGUAGUGGCUGUUUCUGACAUUUGACUGUUUCAUCUCUAAAACUUCAGAUAAUCUCAACGUUUUGAAUAAUUAUAUAUCAGCGUAGCCACAGUGGAACCAAUUUUUUUGUCUUUAAACGAGAUGAAGUCAUAGUAGUGCAACAUUGUUGAGCACUUCAGGUUUGUGUGUGUGGGGGAGAUGUUUCA